AUGGACUACGAACAAUCUUCCGGUGCAGAAUGGGAGAUGCUGUCCAAUCCCGUGGCAAAGGCGGUGCCCUCACCGUCUCGGAACAGGCUAAACAGCGAGAACCUGUCCCGUGUCGGUGCUGCUGAGAGCAAAGUUAGCCCUAUUCAUCCCAACGCCACCGUCCCCCUCACUACCGUCGAGGUACCGAAGGUACCUCAAAGUCAUCCAGGCCGCAAAAGCGGCCCUAAGGAUGGAAAUAAUUCGACUUAUUCAAGCCCCGCCCCUGGCGGUGCAAGGCCGACACCUGUGUGGAAGAGAAAGUCUCCACCUGAUAGUGUAUUUGAAUUGUCCGACGCAUAUUCGCGCUACCGAGUAAGGCUCAUGAAGGAAGGAAGGUCUUUCCUGAACUUGAAGGGAACCGGCGGAGACGGUGACAUUUUCCAUGAGAUUUCUCGCAGGAGUAAAACAUAUGUAGAGAAACCAGGCCCGGUGUCCACCCUGAGCGCGAUUUCGGUUACUCAGCCAUAUGCCCAAAUGCAAGCCAAUGCUGUCAAAGUCCAAAAUACAUCUACAUCCCAGCAGCAGAGGAAUGAGUCCCUCAUUUAUAUGCUCAGGAGGCCCCCGAAUGCAGGCCCCAAUGCCAUUCCUAACCGGCAAAUGGUCUUUCUUUGGCCCGACAACGAGAUUUCUAUUCGCCAAGUUCUGGGUGUUGAGCUCGAAGCGCUUGACUUCCUGCGCCUGCAGUACAAAUGCUUCAUACAUCUGUCAGACGAAUCCGAAGAUGUCAUUUGUGUUUCUGGUUCGGAGGAAGAGACGCUUCAACAAGCAAUCACUCACUUGGAGACGAAGUGGCAUGAGCUCAUUACCUCUUCUACAAUCAAGAGCAAGUUAUACCUUCUUGACUUACCUGUCGGUGACAGAACAGUGAGAAAGAUUUCAAUGAACACAAGCAAAGGAUGGACCAAGCCAUGCUUUCAUUUGAACUCACCCAAUGAAGCCAAAAACGGUAACCCAGGACUCUCGAAUGAAGCGUCGCGAUCAGAAAACGAUUCUCGUUUACUGUCGGCGGUCAAGAGGUCUCUUUGCUGUGCACCUUUAAUCCAGGCGACCUUAAAUAUGCGCGUAAGCUUUGGGUCUUUCAUGUUCAGCCAGUAUCGUGUACCUCACGACCAACAGAAAGGAUAUACAACCGAAGAGUUUAGAGAAAUGAUUUCGAAUGAAAUGGCCAAGGGGAAACUACUGCCUGGAUUCGAGAUUGACCUGGAACUUCUCAUCAGUAGAAUCUCUCACGCAAGCAAUCUGUUCGAUGUGGAAAAGAGGUCUACUGUAUCUCUCACUGGAAAAUCCCUGCACCACAUGGUGUCCGUGGAAUUUGAUUCCAUAAACAACGAAUUCUUGCGACUCGAGGUGGACUUCAAGGCCGUGGGUGGACGGCACGAGAGAACGAAGUCUCGCUGGAUACAAUCCCAAGUCAAAGGAAAAUUCGCAGAAAACACACCGCUGUUGCAAGCUAUUAUGCUCGGUGCUCAAAAGGCGGAUUGGCAAUUUGAAAUGAGAGAACGAAAAGUCCUUAGCGGGCAACAGAAAAGCCUAGCUAUGAGCGAAUUUGACCAUCAAAUUCGGUUUAGGGAUGGUGUCAUGCAAGAAUCGUUGCUCGCAGAACCCAACCGCCGCGCCAUGUUGCCCGAUGGGUUCCCUGUCAGGCGUAUUAUCGAAAAGGCAGCUAUUCAGUACCCCAUAAAAGGGACAGAGUACGUUCUGGAGAUAGCUCGUUAUGAUACUUAUGUCAAACAGUCCGGUGCUGGGCAGUCAAACAUGAGCUUCGGAUCACCUUCUUCCUCUUGGGGGACGACUGUAUAUGGGCUGAACUGGGAAGAGAACUUAGCAAGACUUGCUGGAACAAAGGAAGUCCAACAAAUGGGAUUUAACUCCGUCCUUGAUCCUUUCUUCAGCCCAAAAAUCGACGAUGGGAACAAGGCUGGUUUUCAGGGUUUCAUCAAUGUGGUCAAGGAAGUCGCGUGGGUUCUGGGUCAAAACGAAGAGGUCCAACAGCAUUCGCUUUUGGACGACGAUCAACCCCAAAUUUCUCUACUCUGA